AGGCCAGCACGGGUGCCAUCAACCUCAAGAUUCCUGAAUCCAUAUGUGGUGCUUUUUGUUGUUGUCGCAGUGGUGUUAAUCCUGGCAGUGACGAUAGGUCUACUGAUUCACUUUUUAGCUUUUGAUAAAAAGUCUUAUUUUUACUCUAGCAGCUUUGAAAUCCCAAAUGUUAAAUAUAAUGAUAAGUUAAAUUCACCAGCUACACAAGAGUAUAGAAAUUUGACUGGAAGAAUUGAAUCUGCGAUUACUACAACAUUCAAAGAAUCAGAUUUAAGAAAUCAAUUCAUCCGAGCUCAUGUUGUCAAACUGAGGCAAAAAGGCAGUGCUGUGAUGGCAGAUACUGUUAUGAAAUUUAAAUUCUCUAGAAAUAACAAGGCAGCAUCAAUGAAAAGCAGAAUUGAGUCUGUUUUACGUCAAAUACUGAAUAAGUUUGGAAACUUGGAAACAAACCCUUCGACUGAUGUAUCAGUUCUUGAUGACCAAGAAGCAGUAAAUAUGUUCAAUGAAGAAUGUGGGGCCCAUCCGAACCUAAUAUCAUUGUCUGAAGAGAGAGUCGUGGGAGGCACAAAGGCUGAGGAAGGAGACUGGCCAUGGCAAGUCAGUCUACAGCUGAAUGGCGUGCACCACUGUGGCGGCAUCCUGAUCAGUAACACAUGGAUCCUGACAGCAGCUCACUGCUUCAGAAGCUACUCUGAUCCUCGUAGAUGGACUGCCACCUUUGGUAUUUCCACAGCAUUUCCUGUAGUGAGAAAAGCAGUAAAUACUAUUUUGAGCCAUAACAAUUAUAACGCUGUAACUCAUGAAAAUGAUAUUGCAGUUGUGAAACUUGUAGAAGGUGUCACCUUUACCAAAAAUAUCCAUAGGGUAUGUCUCCCAGAGGCUACCCAGAAUAUAUUACCUGGUUCCACUGCUUAUGUAACAGGAUGGGGAUCACGAUCAUAUGAUGGCAACCCAGUUCCAGUACUAGAACAAGGACAGGUCUACAUAAUAAGUAAUAAUGUAUGUAAUGCACCAACUAGUUAUGAUGGAGCAGUCUUGUCUUCAAUGCUAUGUGCUGGACGGGCUCAAGGUGGAGUGGAUGCAUGCCGGGGUGACUCUGGUGGCCCACUGGUACAACGGGACACUCGGCGGCUCUGGUUCCUUGUGGGGAUAGUGAGCUGGGGGGAACAAUGUGGUCUGGCAGAUAAGCCAGGAGUGUACACGCGCGUGACAGCCUACCGUGACUGGAUAACUGAGCAAACUGGGGUCUAG